AUGGCGAAUUACCAGCAACCCACCAAUUUCCAGCUCAAUCCGAGUUAUGUCGAACUCGAGGAUUUGCCACGGGCGCAGUCACCACCUCACGGCGAUGAUGAGGAAUUUCUCAAUCCCAAGAAUGGCACAUCCUACAGCGCGAGCACCUACAAAACAGAGGGCGCCGACCACAGCAGCGAAAAGAUCGGAUUCUGGAGAGCUGUGCGCAAGCAUCCAUGGGUCUUCAUCUACUGCUUCGUGAUCGCCAUCGUCGCCGGCGCCUUGGGCUUCCAGGGCUCUACGUUGGGCGCCGUCACUGGCGGUGAGAAAUUUACUGAAGACUACGGCGACACGGACAAGGAUGGGGAGAAGUACCUGUCCUCUGUGUGGCUGAGCAUCUGGCAAGCCGUGCCUCCUAUUUGCGGUGCGUUUGGCUGUAUCCUCGGCGGCUGGGUGCAGGACCGCAUCGGCCGCAAGUUCACUCUCAUGGGGGUCGGAAUCUUCAACGCUGUCAGCGUCGCAUUCCUGGUCUUCUCCCAUGCGCUUCCAGCCCUAAACUCGAGGAGGGGCAUUCUUACUGUGGGGAUGGGCAUACAGGGGCUCGCCAACUCGGGUCUCCAAGUGGUCGCCUUCACCUAUGUUUCCGAGAUUUCGACGGAGUCCAUGCGGGACGGCAACAUGGUCAUGAUGCCCCUGUGCAGCCUCCUCGGGCAGUUCGUGGGAAGCGCAUUCAUGGGGGUCGCGACGAAGCUGGACGGCAAGAACAAAUACAUUGUUCCGUUCGCCGUCGGAUGGAUUGUGGGCGUCGUGACUGUCCCCCUGUCUCUGAUCAUUCCCGACAGCGCGGUGUUCUUGGUCCGGAGUGGCCAAGAAGCUCGCGCGAUACGGACAAUCCAAAGGCUCCUCUCCAAAAAAGUAAACGCUUACGUCGAGCUGGACAAGAUCCGACAUGCCGUUGAGGAAGAGAGGAUGGUGACCAAGGAUGCGACCUACAUCUCGUGCUUCAGGGGCAUCAACCUCCGCCGAACGCUAAUUGUGGUGCUUGUCAGUGCGUUCCCGGCUAUUCUUGGUCUUGACAUUCUCAGCAACGCACCGGUUUUCCUGGCUACGAUUGGAAUCGAGAGUGAGACGACUCGGGUGACGUUCAUGGCCGUGGGAAUCGUCAUCGCCAUCGUCUGCCUUGGUGUAGGCACGUGGAUUGGCACAAUUGUUGGUCUUAGGCGGGCCACCGUGGUUUCUCUGGUCUUCGCAGCCAUCGCCUGGACUGUCAUGGGUGUUUCGGGCUUCUUUGCAGGAGGUGCCGCUCCUUGGAUAGGGGCCGUCUCGCUUUACGGUACUCUGAUCAGUGGCGGCCUGGGCUGCUGGCCUGCCAGUUUCGCAUAUAUGGGAUCUCUGAGCUCGCUGCAGCUCAGGGCACUGACCCAAGGUCUGAGCGGCGUAGCUUCUUCAGCAGCCUCGGCCUUGAUGAGUGCCGUCCUGCCACAGCUCUUCCGCGAGGACGCCGCCAACCUCGGUGCCAAGGUGGGUUUCGUUUUCACCGGGACCUGCCUUCUCGGUGCGGGCCUUAGCUGGCUAUAUCUGCCUGAGAUCAAGGGUCGGACGGUUCACGAGCUUGAUAAGAUGUUCGAAGCGAGGCUGCCGACGAGAAGGUUCAGAGAUUGGAAUUUGGCAGAUGCCGAUGUACGAGAAGAAGCUCUACCACUAGCUACAAGUUAA